GUGGCGGCGCGGAGGUACCGGCGGGGCCGGGCCGGGCCGGGCCGGGGCCUGGCGAGGGGGGACCCUCCGGACCAUUGAGAGGAAGAGGCGGGGUCCGCAGGGAGCCGGUUUAUUUAACGCACAUUCCAGUAAUGCUAUGGAUAAUGAAAUGGCUAAUAAACCUGUUGGAAGAUCAAUUUUCUUUGAAAUAUUUAAAACACAAUGCAGUGAAUCAGACUUAGGGCCAAUAAGCCUCAACUGGUUUGAAGAACUUAGCUUAGAAGCUCCACCUUAUGAAUCGAAAAUGUUAGAAGAACCCGAAUACCAGACUGGCUGGCUUGAUCAAAGUACUUUUAAAACUCCAAAGGGGAAACUUUCUUUGUAUAGCCAGUUGGCAUCAACUCCAAUGAUUUUCAAAGAACACAGUACAACAUUGCGACUUCUUCCUUCUCCUGUACAAGACCUGGGUCAGAAAAGAAUAGGUGCAGGCAAAGAGAGUUUGGCUAAUAAAGAACAUAGAACUAGCCCAUGUAUUAUGAAGACAAAAGUGGAUCAAGCAAAUGAAAUAUCUCUCUCUCGUUUUGAUACUUGCCUCAAUACAAGGUCACCAGUUUUAAGAAGUAGUUUCAGAACACCACAGAAAAAUAUGGUUCCUGUGGCAUAUGGAAGCUUAUUUUGCUCACCUAAGCUGUUGGAGGUCAAGACACCAAAAUGUAUUUCUGAAAGUCUGGGAGCAGAGGUGGACCCAGAUAUGUCUUGGUCAAGUUCUUUAGCCACACCACCUACCCUUGGUGCAACAGAAAUAAUAGCUAAAGAAAAUGAUUCACUGUCUGGAUCAAAAGAACACGAUGACAGAAUUGCCAAGGUCUUGCACAACUUCUACAAUCACACAAGUCCUGAAAAGAAUGAUAUAAAUAUGGAAUCCACACCAAAGAUAGUAAACUUAAAUGCAGAAAGUGAUGUCAAAGAUUGUGAGUUAGAGAAGGUGUUAGAUGGCUCAUUUGGUGAAACAAACGGCUUCCAGGAUCCAUCUCCUAUUCCAGAUAAGGCAGCUGUAAACUUAUUGGCAUUUAAUGCACUGCAAGAUGGAGAGAAAUGUGAAGCAACAGAAGAUAUGCCAAAUGGAGAGGAGGAUGUUCUUUCUAUAUGUCUUACUGGUAGCAAACCUGGAAAUCUACAGAAAGUGAAAACAGAUCUUCAUUCUAAGAAAAAGCAUCUUGAUAAAAUGAAAGCUGCUGAACUUCAAGAAACCAAUAGAGUGACAGGGAACUUUAGAGAUGUUUGCUUAAUGAAGCGUGAAAGAGAAUUGGAUUUCCCUAGAUGUAAGCUGUUUGCAGCUAACGCAUCAAAUAAUAGAAUGCAGAUGCCUUCUGAGAAUCAGAAAUUUACAAACUUACAUGUGCCAUCUUCCUUAACCUCUGAAUGGUCUCAGCUGGAUUUAUCAAGUCUUGAUUCAGAAUUUGUAUCGCAUACCGUUAAAGGUUCAGAUGCAGUCAGCAAGGAUGAUCAAGAGCUUCUGAGGGCAGCUUCUGAGUCUGCUGAGGGAAAAUGUUUACUGUCAGAUACUGAGAAAAAUUCUGUGUCAAGCAAGUAUGCCACCAAAACAGAUGUUGCAAAUAACUCCUCUACUAGUUCUUUCAAUAAUGGACUGGUGCAUCAUGAGUUGAAGGAUGUAGUAAAAAAUAAUAGAGAGGAGCAUCAACCUGUUACAUCAGACAUGGCCAGUACUUGGAGAGAAUAUUUAGUGGAUGCUUCAAAUACUAAUGCUGUUUCAAGUAUAAAGCAUAAAGUUUUAGUCACAGCAUGCCUCUUCACAACUAAAUAUUCCAAAAUGGACUUUGGUAGGACUAUACAUGUUGUUCAGUCCCCAAUAAGAGAUGUGGAAGAUAGAAAUACCAAUAUUAAUCUGAAUGUUACUGUUGCACCUCAACAGGGACCACAAUGUAGACAGACUUCUAGUGAUAAUGAACACUUGAUUGAAUUUGAGUUAGAACCAGUUUCUAUGACAAACUGUAACUGCAGCAAUAGCUUGAGUGAAAUCAACCUUGACAUAAAUAACAGCAAUAGUAUAUGUUGCAAUAGAAAUAUAUCAACAAAAGAAAAUGAUGCUACUGACAAGUUGCCAGUACAUGAAUGUAAAGGAAUAAUUAAUUCACCCUUUGAAAUACAGUCAUGUACAAAUUCUAGCACUAUGCUAAAGGGAGGGAACAAAACAGAUGGAAUUUCAUUUUUAAAAGUUACAGCUGAUAAUCAAAAAACCGAGUCUGCUGAAAAUGAUGAAAAUAAGUUUCAGACAGCUGCCAACAAAAACAUAGUAGGUGUAGAAAGUGGCAAUAAAGUGUUAGAUUGCAAAGAUCUUAGUUCUUUACGAGAGGUAAUUUCUGAGAAAUCUAUGUUGCCACUACUACAAGAUGUACCAGCUUUUAGUGCACAAGAGUCUGUUUCAACUAAGGCUCAAAAAGCAAGACUUGUGCUUCUAUCAAAGAAAGGACCAGAGCCUAAUGCAGAAGAUAAACAUCAUAUAAUGAAGGCACUUGAAUUUCCUUUAAAAUGUACUGCAUCAGAUAACAAUUUAAAUUCAAUAACAUCUUUAUGUUUCAACAGGAAGGCCGAAGAAAAUUCUGAAAACAACAAAGAGAAAUGGCUAGGGCAUGCAAGUUUUAGUGUACACAGUUUAAAACGGAGGUUUGAUGGCUUCCAAACUGCUUCCAAUAAGCAGAUCAAACUCUCUGAAAAUAGCAUAACAAGAGGCAAAAUGCUGUUCAGAGAUAUUGAGGAUGAGUGUCUUAAAGACUUGUCCACAGAUGGAAUAAAAAACAUUUCAAAUAAAGUUACAAGCAGAAAUAAGAUUUCUUCAGUUUUGGAAAAUAAAUUGGACACUAAUUCUUCCCCUAGUUUUGAUUCACAAGCAGGUUUGUUUGAAUUUAAUAAUCCACAUUCUCUUUUAUUUAAAAGCAUUCAUUCAUCUUUUCAAAACUUGCCUAAAAAUCAGCAACAGUUUCCUGAACAAAACCAAACUUUGACAGCAAGCCAAGAAGCUGAAAUCACUGAACUUUCUAACAUACUGGAAGAAACAGGUAGCCAGUUUGAAUUUACACAGUUUCGAAACAGUGUACCACAGAAUAAUGCCUCUGAAUUAUCUGUAAGUGUAGAUACUAGUGAAAUGAUUAACUCAAAGAAUAUUUCUGGCGUGUGGAAAAAUUCUGAUUCUGUUGAUGAUUUUGAAACUAAAGUUAAAAUAAGUGACAAUUUUUUGAGUAAGUGUGCAGACACAGAGUCUAACAUGGUGGGCAAUAAAAAAGAAGACAGUUUUAAUCUCCAGAAAUAUAACUGUGAAGAGGUUGUUUCUAAUUUACAUGCAAAUGAAAAUAGGAUGCAUUGUAUACCGAUUUUCUCAGUGCCUAUGCAAGAAAAAUGUUCUAAUUUGGAAAGCUUUUGUUCAGCUGGAGGCAAAAAAAUACAUAUUUCUAACAAGGCUUUGACAAGAGCUACGAAGUUGUUCAGUGACCUGGAUGAUGAUGGCAAAAUGCUGAAAUUCACUGAAAUAAAUACAAAAAGUAGAUGUUCAAAUAGAUGCAUGUCUUCUAAUUGGAAUGUUUCUAGAUGCCUGACAGAAGAGGGCAACUACUGUGUAACAAGUUUAAAAGAUACAGAGGUGGAUUCUGAGCAUACAUCUCAAAAUAAUCAAAAACACAUGGAAAAUAAACCAAAAAAUGAUGGUGAAAAUAUCCGUAUUAUUGGGAGUACUGAAAUUAAUAACCUAAAAGAUAACGCACAAUAUUCUGUUCGUGAAAUGGGAAAUAGUCUACCACCUAGUGAAAGCCAUGCUCAGAGUCUGAACAUCUUACAACAGCUACCAAACCAGGGUGACAUUCAGGUUAAAUCCAAUUCACAAGAAGGUUUGUCAGAUCUAACAUGUUUCGGAGAAGCAGCUAAAACUGAAGAGAUGUUUACUUUAAAUAUUUUGGAUGAAAUCGAACAGCUGGAUCAUAAUACAAAAGAACAAAAAAUAAGUCCAGGUCAUAAAUGUUUAUCACAACAUUUUCAAACUAUAGCUAAUAUAUCAGUUUCUGAGGCGCUGUUGGAUGAAGCGCCACAUUUGCUUCCUGAAACAUAUGCAGAAAAAGAAUUGGAUAAUGUUUUAUCAAACCUCAAUAGGCAAAUGACAUAUAGUAUUAGCAAAAAAGGCACAGAUACAAUUUCUGUCCAAAAAAGUACUAACAUGAACCAAGACAAAACCAAAAUGUUCCUUGACCAUUAUCAGAUUAACAUCCAACAAGACAAAGACUUUAAAAUCAAAGAUACAAUACAGAACAACGUUACUGGUUUCCGUACUGCAAGUGGCAAGAAAAUUACAACUGCUGAUGAAUCUUUGGCUAAAGUAAAACAGUUUUUUGCAGAAGAAAAUAUGUUCUUUGAGAAUGAACACAAUGGCAGUUUUGAGGACCCUGAGAUUCUCUCUUUAAAUGAAAAGAAAGGUAACAAAAAAGCAUUUGUAGGAGAUUGUGAAUUGUUUAUGGAAAACACUGCUAAAUGUAUUGAGGAAAAGCUUGAUCUUACAGAUAACCUUGUUUCUAAAAAACCUGGAAAAGAUGCAUUUAAACUGGUAGUACAAAGUAGUUCAAUUGAAAAAAGAGUUAGGGAAAAUCUUUCAUUAGAGAGCAGUGUGUUAGCUAACUUGGCCAGUGAACCUGAAAAAUAUGCAGAAGCUUUUUAUUCAAAAAGACCUAUUGCUGUGGACUUUGGAAAUUUAGAUUCAGAAUUUUAUACUGAAAGUGGAAAAAAUGCUAUAAGUAAAGUUUCUUUGUUUGAGACAGAGUCUUUUGGAGAGAGAGAACUGCAAAACUCAUCAAGAAAAAGUGAUGCCUCAAAACAUACAUUGCUUAUUUCUAGUACUGACAAGACUACAGAUAUGCACGUAACGCAAGUUUCCCACGCUCCUGGAGAAAAUCCUAUACAUGAAAAUGCACAAAAUAUUUUAACAGUUAAGGAUGAUAAAAAUAAAUGCCAUGAUUGCUUUUAUAUAAGUUUGGGCAACUUUUCAGAUGGUAACUCUUUUGUUAAAUGCCAUACGAAGGGGUCUGACAAUCAAAAUUCAAAUGAUACAUGCCAUAUUAUAAACUGCUUCUCAGAAAAUAUACCUAAUAUUUGUCAAGAACAACCACUGACAAGUCUUUCUUCAGACAAAAACAACGUUAUUAAUUUCAAAGAUAUAUUUCCUAAUACAAGUUGUAUAAAUCGAAAAAAUGAUUUGAAACUUCUAGAUGCUGAAAAUACUCUGAAAAUUUCAGCAACAAAAGUAGAAGGUUCUGUUUCUAAGCCACUGAAGGAUGGACCAUUUGUUUUCAGUACAGCAAAAGGUAAAACAGUCACUGUUUCUGAGGAUGCACUGAAGAGAGUCAGACAGCUGUUUCCAGAAAAUCCUGAUAACCCUGCAAAACAGAAUAUUAAGACUAAAUUGGAAAUUAAUCAGGUUGUUACAACAGAUUGCUUGAAGACCUUUGAAAACACCAACUGCCCCACUUUUAAUAAUUCAGUAAAUGUAAAGAAGACUGAGACAGAUAAUGUAUCUACAAGCCAUUUUCCUAAUGCAACUAAGAACAACCAUAAGGAUAAACGAACACUAUACCAGAAGAGAAAUACAUCUGCAGAUCUUGGAUCUGAGACAAGUCCUCAGUCACUGUCCUUUCAAAUGAAAAAUAAAUUUUCUGGAAUACAUAAAUCUAAUAAGCUAAAUCAUCCUGGAGAUUUUCCUGCAGGUAAUCUAGGUUUUUUUAGCACAGCAAGUGGUAAACAUGUACAGUUAUCAGAAGAUUCGUUAAAGAAAGCUAGACAGCUUUUUUUUGAAAUGGAAAAUAAUUCAUUAGAUGAGCAACAAAGCAUUUUGGAUAUGAAAUGUGGCUAUAAAGUAUCUUCAGUUGGGGAAAAAAUAGGGAAGGGUGGAACUGCAAGUGCUUCAGUACUUGUGAACAUAGAGUUAGUAAAAUCACAAGAAAAAAACCCUCCAAAUCCUGAGCUCAUUCUGAGUCCUCCAUUUGGAUUCAGCACAGCAAGUGGAAAGAAGGUGCUAGUCUCUGAAAACGCUCUUCAUAAAGUUACAGGAAUCCUAAAAGAUUUUGAUAAUAUUGCCAGCAGCAAGUGUUGCUAUGCAGAUCAGGUUAAUUCAAUGCAAGAUUCUGGUUCAGCUAUUAAAACUUCAAUUAAUUAUGUUGGUAUGGCUAAAGCAGGAGUUGAAAUCAAGAAUUCAAGAAUUCAAGAAACUCACAAUAAAGAAACAGACUUACCAGGAAUCUCUCCUGAUGAAACAAAGCCUUUAGAAAACAUUUGCAGUAAACCUUUGGGGCCAUCCCACAGUGAGGAGGACAAGCACUUAACACUAUUAAAAAAUGCCUUUAUGCUAAAGGAGUCCUGCUUUUCAAAAAAUGAGCAGCAAAGGAUGGGAAAAAAUAGUAAAGCAGUUUUGUGCAGUACUCCUACUAAACCAAAGUGGGGUGUUUAUCUUGCAUGCUCCCAGGUUCCAGAAAAUUAUUUGGAAACAGAAGUGGUGGAAAGUGCCAAGGCUUUAAUGGAAGAUUGUGACCUCACUGAUUAUGAACUACAAAACAGUACCAAAAAGUGCCUUUUGGCUUGUAGAAAGAUGGAUAAAAACUUUCCAUUAAAUAUGAGAAUUGGGAAGAGAUGCAUGGCAGAGCAAAUCUCAGUUGAAGAACCUCCAAUUAAAAGGCAGCUAUUACCUGAAUUUGACAGAACAAAGGAUCCCCAUAAAUCUUUGAAUGCUUCAAAAAGCACUCCUGAUGGUACAAUCAAAGACAGAAGAAAGUUUAUAUACCAUGUUCCUUUAAAACCGGUGACCUGUAGUCCUUUUAGUGCUACUAAGGUACGACAAGAAGUCAGGAAUCUUCAUUUUACUCUACCUGAUCAAAAUUUUAAAGGAUCUAUAUCUAAAUCUGAUUCUUCUUCAAGCAGUAUUUCAAGUUGUUUUACUCCACUUAGUAAGACCUCAGCUGAGAAAAGUGAAAAAACAAAAAAUCUGGAUAUACAAAGCAAAACUGCCAAAUUUUUUGUUCCACCCUUCAAAACUAAGUUGGAUGAUUUGGCAGAUGAAAAGCUUGGCAACAAAACACUGGACUCAUUGACUAACAGCAAUAUGAAUGUAGAUAAGGAACAAAAAGAUGCCUUAGUUCAACAAAACACUGGUCAAGGUGAAGCUUAUCAGUCAGAUGAGAGAGAUUGCACCAACCAUGCAGCAGCCAGAAAUUUGGGAAACAACGGUGCAGAUUUGACCAAUAUGAUUACAAAUCUGCACCAGGCCAGAAAUCUGCAAGAAAUGAGAAUUGGAAAGAAAUAUAGACAAAAUAUUCAACCACAGCCAGGCAGUCUUUAUAUCAUGAAAACAUCUGCAGUAAAAAGGAUCUCGCUUAAAGCUGCAGUAGAAAACAACUCUCUUCAUAUUUAUUCCACAGAACAGCUGUACAUGUAUGGGGUUUCAAAGAGCUGCAUUCAAGUUAACAGCAUCAAUGCAGAGUCUUUUGAGUUUCUCAUUCAGGAUUUUUUCAGUGAAGAAUAUUUUCUGGCUGGACAUGGAGUACAACUUGGUGAUGGAGGUUGGCUUAUACCUACUGAAGAGGGAAGGGCAGGAAAAAAUGAGUUUUAUAGGGCACUCUGUGAUACACCUGGUGUGGAUCCAAAGUUAAUUACUGAUGCCUGGGUCUACAACCAUUAUAGGUGGAUUGUAUGGAAAUUGGCAGCCAUGGAAGUCUCUUUUCCACAGGAAUUUGCUAGCAGGUGCUUGACACCAGAAAGGGUGCUGUUGCAAUUAAAAUACAGGUAUGAUUUAGAAGUUGAUAAAAGUAAGCGAUCUGCUAUAAAAAAGAUAAUGGAGAGAGAUGAUACUGCUGCUAGGACACUUGUACUUUGUAUUUCUAAAGUAAUAUCAUUAAGCCCAAAUACAUCUGAGAACCCUGCUACUAAAACCAGGUUCGAAAACAACAAAGAUGCAGCGAUAAUUGAAGUUACAGAUAGCUGGUAUAGCAUUAGAGCGGUCUUAGAUCUUCCUCUCAAAGUGCUCUUACAAAGAAGAAGGCUGACUAUUGGUCAGAAGAUCAUAGUACAUGGAGCAGAACUUGUGGGUUCUCAAAAUGCAUGCACACCUCUGGAAGCACCAGAUACCCUCAUGUUAAAGAUUUCAGCUAACGGUACUCGACGUGCUCGAUGGUACGCAAAAUUAGGAUUUCAUCGAGAUCCCAGACCUUUUCCUUUGUCUCUGUCAUCACUUUUCAGUGAUGGAGGUACUGUUGGAUGCAUUGAUAUAGUUAUUCAAAGAGCUUACCCUCUUCAGUGGAUGGAAAAAAAAACAACUGGAUCAUAUGUGUUCCGUAACAAUCGAGCUGAAGAAAGAGAAGCUGCAAAGCAUGCAGAGAAUCAACAAAAACAUCUAGAAGCUUUAUUUGCAAAAAUCCAAGCAGAAUAUGAAGAGAAUGAAGGUAAAACUAGAAAAAGGGUUUUGAGGUCAUGUGCACUUACCAAGCAACAGAUUCAGACUUUGCAAGAUGGUGCAGAGCUUUAUGAAGCAAUUCAGAAUUCACCUGAUCCUGGUUAUAUGGAGGGAUAUCUCAGUGAAGAGCAGUUAAGAGCCUUGAAUACUCACAGACGAAUGUUGAAUGAUAAGAAGCAAGCUCAGAUACAAGCAGAAUUCAAGAAGGCUCUAGAGUCUAUUGAACAACAGGAACAUGGUUACUCUGUAAGGGAGGUGUCUACAGUGUGGAAAUUACGUGUGGUAGAUUACAGAAAACAAGAAAAAGUUAAAGUGGUCAUGCUGAAUAUCUGGCGCCCAUUAUCAGAUGUAUUUUCCCUGUUAAAAGAAGGAAAUCGGUACAGAAUCUACCAGCUAGCAACAUCAGAGUCCAAAAGCAAAUUGGACACUGCUAAUGUACAGUUAACAGCUACAAAGAAAACUCAGUUCCUUCAGUUAUCGGCUUCUCAAGAGAUGCUGUUAGAGAUUUACAUUCCCAGGAAUGCUGUGCUGUUCAGCAAGUUGUUGGAUCUUUCUUUUCAACCAGCAUGUGGUGAAGUUGACUUAGUUGGAUUUAUAGUUUCUGUUAAUAAGAGCACAGGUUUCACAACUCUGGUGUAUUUAUCAGAUGAAAAUCUCAAUCUAGUGGCAAUCAAGAUAUGGAUGGACCUUAAGCAACUUGCAGUUGAAGACAUCAUUAAACCUUGUACAUUGAUUUCUGCAAGCAAUAUUCAGUGGCAGUCUGCUAAUUUCAGUUUAGAAAUUCCCACACUAUUUGCUGGAGACCUUUCUCUAUUUUCAACAAAUCCAAAGGAAGGCUGUCUUCAAGAAAGAUUUAACGAGUUAAAAAACACAAUAGAGAAUGUAAACUCCUUUUGCAGUGAUGCAAAAUGCAAACUAAUGAAUUUGCUUCAAACAAAUGGUCCACAAGUGAAUAACUUGAAUAAAGAAUGUGGCUUAAGCCUCCUUUCUCCUUCCCAGAAGUCAAGCCUUUGUGUGGGAAAUAAAAACCAUACAUCCUUUCCAAAUAGUGAAAUGAAGUAUCAAAGCCCACUGUCGGUCAGCAAACCAGAUAUGAAACUUGCUCCACAAGGCUUAGCAAAGAUGACUCCACAUACUCCUAAUGAAGACUACCCCAAGAACUGCAAAAAGAGAAAAGCGAUGGACCUGCUCAGCCAGAUCCCUCCCCCUCCCCCAUUGACACCAGUCUAUUCAAUUGUUUCUCCAUCUUUGAAAAAGGCAUUUCAGCCACCACGAAGUUCUGAUUUCCAGUGUAGCAAAUCAUCGAAGGGAACAAACCACGACACUGUUCACAUCACAGCUCUUAAAAGAUCGAAUGAAAUUACCCCUCUCACUGAGACUGACUUGAUUGCUGAUGAAGAACUUGCAAUGAUUAAUACACAAGCACUCUUGUGUAAUUUGCCCAAAGAAAAGAAAACUGAUUACACAGAAAAAACUAUCAGUGCUGCGUCCAGGGAUUCAUCAGACCACCUUGUACAUGGUAAUUCUCCAAUGUCUGCUGCAGGAACAAAUACUUCACAAAAUAGUACUGAAGGAACUGGGGCUCUUGAGAAGGAGACAAGUAAAACUGAGAGUUCAUUCACAGUCCCAAAAAAACUACAAAGGCGUAAAAAACGCAAAUACUAUUGAAUGUAAGUACAUAAUAAUGUAUAUAUUUUGGAUUUAAAUUAAUAUUUUUACACUUUGCACGCUAGAAACAUUUAUAUAGUAUCCGCUUGUCUUUAAUAAUGUUAUUUCAAAAGGAAAAGUUUAAUAAAUGUAAUUUUAUAGUGCAAUAAAACUUUCAAGAUUUUGGUAAGAAUCACUGCAAUCUAUUAUCUCUACAGAUCAUUUAUUUGCUUGUGCUUUACAGUAGUGCCUGUGUUGUUGCAGUUCUGACAUGUCAGUAGUGAGCCCUUAUCUGGAGCUUAAGGGAUUAUUUAGCAUAGAACACUUGUUCACUCUGUUGGACUAUCAGGAGAGUAGUUAGAAAUGUGUGUAGGGUGUUUAGAGGCUGAAUCCAGAAUCCCAGGGAUUCUCUUAAACCGGUCAGGGCAGAAGAGGUGAAAUCUGAGGUGUUAAUCCCAGUGUAGUUUAUAUUCCUUAUUUUUCUAUGCUUUGGUUGUGUUAAGUUGUUGGAAGGAGGCAAUGAUUUUGUUACGUUGAUAGGACAAUGUGACAACGACUGUAAAGGAUCUCAAUGAAGUGGCCUUAUCCUCUUAUUUAAAGUCCAUGUACGUCAGAGAGAAUGACUACGCCAUUUGUACAGUAUGGAAACAUACCUUUCCAUUACAGGUGCACUGUAGAUUGGUCCGAUAUCAGAUCAGUACCAAUAUAAUGAAAACUGGCUGUAUCAGAAAUCGGUCUGAUGGGGCAGAUAAUUUGGCCAAUAAAUGCCAUGCAUGUGUGCAGCCACUGAGGAGC